AUGAAGUAUACGGGCACUACCUUCGCUUUGUUGGGCGCUGCCACUGCUGUGAAAGCCCAGCUUAUCCGUCUAGGCGGUGUUAACACUGCAGGAUAUGACUUCACGGUUUACACCAACGGGAGCUUCACGAACAACGCCGAAACUCCUCCUGCUUGGGAAUAUGCUCACUUCUCGAAUGAGGGAGCUAAUCUUUAUCGCAUUCCUUUCGCUUGGCAGGAGAUGACGCCCACUUUGGGAGGACCUAUUAACUUGACAUUCUUUUACGAGAACUAUGACACAACGGUGCAGGCUGCGUUGGCGUCAAGCCCAAAUGCACACGCAAUUGUUGAUCUACACAACUAUGCCAGGUGGAACGGAGAAAUCAUUGCCCAGGGCGGUCCCACGAACGAGCAGUAUGCCUCAAUUUGGUCCCAAAUUGCCGCACUGUACGGCAACAAUGACCGGCUGCUUUUUGGGAUUAUGAACGAGCCUCAUGACCUCGACAUCCCCACGUGGGCGGAAUCCGUGCAAUACGCUGUAAAUGCGAUCCGUGCUGCUGGUGCCACGAACUACCUACUCCUUCCGGGGUCAAACUACACCUCUGCUCAGACGUUCCCUACUGGAGCUGGUCCCUACUUGCUGAACGUCACUGAUCCUCUUGGUGGAACGGAGAAGCUUAUCUUCGAUGUUCACAAGUACCUCGACUACGACAACAGUGGUACCCAUGCCGAGUGUGUCACGAACAACACCGUAGUCUUAGAGACUCUCGUCAGCUGGCUCCGGGAGAACGGCGACCGUCAGGCUAUUCUCAGUGAGACAGGUGGAGGUAACACUGCAAGCUGCGAACUUUACCUCGGAGAAGAACUGGCUUACGUGAAGUCUGCUUACCCGAGCUUGGUCGGCUUCUCUGUCUGGGCCGCGGGCGCGUUUGCCACCGACUAUAUCUUGUCCGUGACUCCUAACGCCAAUGGCACUGAUCAGCCUCUCUGGAUCGAUGCUGUGAGACCUAAUCUGCCAGUUCCCUGA